UAGAUAUUAACGUCCUGAGGUUUUUCUUCAACUUGGGCGUGAAGGCGUACUCUACGGCCAUGUACCCCCCCUGCGUUUACCUCUUCCCCCUGCAGCAGUACUACACCAUGCAACUCAAACCCCCCUCUCACGCCCCGUCCCCCACCUACGCCUGCCCUAGCCCCCCGGCCAAGCCGCAGGAGGCGUACCAACCCGGCCCCCCUUACCCCCCGGCAUCACCUUCCCCUCAGUUCAACCACCAGACCCCGCCCGCUGAGCCCCCGCGCCACACCGAACCCUCCUUCAACCCGAAUCCGUACCAAGGGGUUACCCAGCCUCCUCCCCAAAGGAUGCCCUGUACCUCGUUGUCCUGGCAACAGGUCCCUCCACCCAGAAACCCCACUUGUCCUGUAGCGUAUCCCUCCCCUCCUCCACCGUACUCCAACCCCUCCCCCUCCUCGCAGGGGUACCACCCAGGACAGGCCCCGGUACACUCCCUGUACCCCUCAGCUGCCCCCCCGUACCCCCCCUUCCCCAUCAGAUACCAGCCGUCGUCGGCCCCUGAGGAGCUCCAGGUGAGCCAGGGCGCAAUGGAGCAGCUUCCGCCCGGCAACGCGGAUCCCCUCCACAGCCACGGACAUGUCCGAGUCCUGGGUCCCAUGGAGACCCCCCCUGCUGCUAACAUGGUCAACCCUAACAACAACAGAGGCACUAUGCUCCCUGCCAACUACGCCUUGAAGAAGGAGCCGGGGGAGGUUCUGACCCGGACAGUGCUGCUGGUGGACCCCCCACUCAAUAACAAGCCUAUAGUACGUACAGCAUCUCUGCUUUCAGCAAUGCGCCGUUCUCACUGCUGUGUGUCUGACAGAGACACAUUUCCUGUGUUAAUUAUAGCAUCGAUUCCUUAGAAAGAGUUUAGAAAACAUAGUUAAUAGAUAGUUUAUUAGUUAUAGAUAAUUAGAUGCUGUCAGUUCCUCUUCGGAUUCUCCCUUACAAUCAAUAAAUCACAGUAUCCAGUUUGUUUUGUUUUAGUAAUUCAGUUAAAAAGUCAUACUUACUGUUUAGCUUCAUCACAAGUACUGUGAUUUAUUUCCUGCUAAAUAGAACCUAACUUUAAUAUCUAAGGGAGUCUGAAGACGAAGAUUAAUACAGAAAUGUGAGCUUGGUGGCCAACCUUAAAGGAAUAGUACACCCAAAACAUGAUUAGCCUUCAUUUUCUACUCACCCCCAUGCUGAACAACACU